AUGAAGGAGCCAGGCGUGAAGGAGUUGGCGCGCGAAACCUAUUCGGACAAGUUUCAGCACAUGGUCGAAAUUGGUGCCAGGCAAGCGGCUGGGCAGAUCGAUUUGGCGUUGCUAAUGCGCGCUUCCAUUGCCAACAACCACUAUGACGUCCCCGGGCAGGCAGGGCCGCUGAGGUAUCAGUCCCCCAAGCUGGCGCGACAAGUGAUACCAGGCCGUGGUCAAGGCAUGAUUGCUACAGCAGACAUUGCACAGGGUGAGCUGUUAAUCUGCGAGCGGCCCCUGGACCUCAUCCGCCCAGGAGAUGCUGACUGGGCCUAUGGUGCAGAUCUCGAGGAGGCGCUUACCCAGCGCUUGACUCGGAGGAGCCUGCAUGAGGCCCAACUGAUCGAAGACGUGUGCACGCUGUUCGAUGGCGAGGGGUCGGAUGGUCCUCGCUGGGUGCCUCACCCCUGGCAGCCCGAGGACUUUGCUGUGCCGAUGCCUGCCGGUGCUGGCACGCCAGUCCUGGAACGCCGCCUUGGCCGAAUUGUGAAGCACAACGCCCACCGCUGGCCAGGCUGUCACCCGCAGACGUUGACACCCAUGCCGGGAUUAGGAUUGUGGCUUGUGCCACCUAUGGUAAAUCACGCACUGGAGUCGGACAACAGGCCGAACACAGCGCACGUCUUCAUCGGGGAUGUGAUGGUAUUCCGAGCAACUGUUCCGAUCCAAAAGGGCGAGGAAAUUCUGGAUCGUUACAGCACGCCGCUCGCAGAUCGAUUUCAGUGGACACUGCAUACUCUGGCAGCCCAUGGCAUGCGUGACGCAGCCUACGAGGCAGCAGCUGUCCGCUGGGAAGAGCCGCUAGAGGGCCUCGGAGCAGGCGCCAUCUCCGAAACGACCUUGUCAAGCUCGCGCAAGCUGAUGCUGGACAGCCUGCAAAGGAUGGAGAGCAAGGAGGUGUGGAUCAAUGGCCUGCAGACCGUCAGCCGGGACGAAUAUCAGGAGCUCAAGGAACGUUACUUUGCAGCCGCUGCCGAGACCCGACGAGCGCUGCAGGAGGGCGAGCGACAAGAGCUGCCCCUGGCCCCUCCGGAGGUGCGCUGCCUCAACCUUCUGUGCCCUCUGAGCUUCCACUUCGAGGGACGUAGCUCCUGCCUGGAGCUUCGCGCCGAGCUCGCGCGGCGAGUCGGCCUUGCACGGCCUUUCCACUUUGGAGAGGUGAAGCUGUGGGCAGAGCUGUUUGACCGGUUUAGGAAGAUGGAGGAGGCGGGUGCUACUUUCAGCACUGAGGAGACGGCUCUACGCGCAGAGGUAGAUCGGGAGCUGGCCCGCUGCGCGAAUUUUUGGGAAGGCGUCGCUCAGGCUUCAGAAGCGCAGCUCUCCAAAGAGGAGUUCGUGCUGUGGGUGAAAGGCUCAGAAGGCUUCCACCUUAUGUGGUUCAGCAACUUCCCGCUGAGCAAAUUUUUGAGCGGUCCAUCCACGGCUGGCUAA